AGGAGUCAAAGGCAGACACCUGAAUAUCAUUUCUCAAAAAGUGCUCGAGGGAUUUUGGAACAUGGAGUCCUGUAACGCCUUCAAGUCCCGCUGAGAUGACCAUAGAAGGAAAGGAGAGAGAAGGUCUCUACUGUUUGAGGGUCGUGACACCCAGGUUCGGAGUGGGCGAGAAAAGAGAGCUACAGGCUUAGGCUCCGCCCCUUCCCGGGAGGCUUUCUGGAUUGGCUGUUCUUGGGCAACAUCACGAGGCCCCGCCCCGGCGCGCGCCCUGCCUCGUGCCCACCCCAGGGUAGCUGCUGCAGCCUACGCUGCCUCUUCCACUGCCUACGGUCCUCGGAGCCAGAGCCCGGGUCGGAGCCUGAGAGGCAACCGGCCCGAGGAGGGGCUCCAGAGCCUCGGCCGUGGGCGGGCGAUGCUGCAGCUGCCUGAUCAACUAUGGAGGCCGAAGCAGGCGGCCUGGAGGAGCUGACGGAUGAGGAGAUGGCGGCGCUGGGUAAGGAGGAGCUGGUGCGGCGCCUGCGGCGGGAGGAGGCGGCGCGCCUGGCAGCGCUAGUGCAGCGCGGCCGCCUGAUGCAGGAGGUGAAUCGACAGCUGCAGGGUCACCUGGGCGAGAUCCGUGAGCUCAAACAGCUCAACCGGCGCCUGCAGGCGGAGAACCGGGAGCUGCGCGACCUCUGCUGCUUUCUGGACUCGGAGCGCCAACGAGGACGGCGUGCGGCGCGCCAGUGGCAGCUCUUUGGGACCCAAGCAUCCCGGGCGGUGCGCGAGGACCUGGGUGGCUGUUGGCAGAAGCUAGCGGAGCUGGAAGGCCGCCAGGAGGAGCUGCUACGGGAAAAUCUGGCCCUUAAGGAGCUUUGCUUAGCACUGGGCGAAGAGUGGGGCCCCCGCGGUGGCCCCGGCGGCACAGUGGGCUCAGGUGCUGGGCCCACGCCCGAGCUCGCCCUGCCACCGUGCGGGCCUCGCGACCUAGGCGAUGGAAGUUCCAGCACUGGCAGUGUGGGCAGCCCGGAUCAGUUACCCCUAGCCUGCUCCCCUGAUGACUGAGGGCGCCGCAUUUUCUACGCCAAUGCCUGCCUGGAUUGCUCCCUGAGCGCGGGGAAUGCUGUGGACCUCCAGACCUGGUCGUAGCUUCGGCUGAGCACCAGGGCGCUGGAAUGGACUGGAAAAGCCCUGGCACUGAGGAGGGCUCCUUGCUCUUGCUAGCAGGGCAGCAGGGAAAAUGGAGGCUGAAGUGGAGGGACUUGCUGGGUGGUUGGGUGGGGACUAAUAAACUGGGAAGGAAGCAGAGCC